UCACAAGUCACAACCAUUCUUGCGAUAUUUAUACCGAACACCUACCCAAAACAAAUAUUUUAUUUGCCCCACUAAGUUAUCAACAACACAGCUUCAACAACCAAAGGGAAACUUACAGGGAAUAAAAGGAAAAGAUUCCGUCAAUCCCACUUUUCAUAAAACGGUGUCGUAUCAUUGUGCCCCCGUGAGGAAUCCUUUUUAUGACACCACUAAAGCGGCACCGUUUUGGAGUCGUCUUCUCUCACGCUCAAUAGUACAAAUUAAGAGCUCAACUUCACUGACCACCAGCCUCCGUCGCACUUAUUUACGCAAAUGCCACCGCUUCUUCCCAUUCCUCCCGCUCCUCCACCGUCUCCGGAGACUCACUGUUCCGCCUGAGAAUUCGGAAGCCAUCGGAAAAUGGCGAAGAACAUGAAGCAGAAGCUCUCGGUGUUGUUAUCCAAGCUUGGCGAUAGAGACACUUUCUCAAUGGCGGCGAAGGAGCUCGAGUCCAUUGCCAGAGAUAUUGAUCCUGUCUCCGGAAAUCUCCAGCCGUUUAUCUCCGUUAUACUCUCCGCCGAUACCGGAGAUAAACCGGCUGUGAGGAAGCAUUGUGUCCACUUGCUUUCGGUUUUGUCGCUCUCCCUCCCUCCGAAUUCUCUCUCUCCUUUUCUAUCUAGGAUACUAACGCGCCUCACGCGCCGUCUUCGCGAUCCGGACUCUUCCAUACGGUCCACAUGCGUCGCGGCCGUGUCGGCGCUUUCUUCCCGGACGACGAAGCCGUCAUUCGCGUCGGCGUUCCUGAAGCCGUUGUCGGACGGGCUCUUCACUGAGCAGGAGACCAAUGCGCAGAUCGGAGCCGCGCUGUGCCUCGCGGCGGCGAUCGACGCGGCGCCCGAUCCUGAUCCUGGUCGCCUCGGGCGGGUGCUCCUGCCGAGACUGGAGAAGCUGGUGAAACGCGACGCGUUCAAGGCGAAGGCCGCGGGUCUGGUGGUGAUCGGAAGCGUGAUUGGCUCCGGUGGUGUUGCCGUGGGUUCCGGCGUAUUGAAGGGUCUGGUAGACUGUUUGUUAAGCUUCUUGGGCAACGAAGAUUGGGCGGCAAGGAAAGCUACUUCUGAAGCCUUGGCGAGACUGGCCGCCAUGGAGAGAGAUAACUUAGCCGAGUUCAAGACUAGAUGCUUGAAGACGUUCGAAAGCAGAAAAUACGACAAGGUGAAAGCUGUAAGAGAAGUGAUGAAUCAGAUGAUCGAGGUUUGGAAGCAAGUCCCUGAUAUAUCCGAGGAGACUUCUCCACCCAGAUCGAAUGCUUCUUCCAAAGAUGAUGCAAGUGAUGGGCGAUACCCUUCUGGAUCGAAAGUCGCUUCAACUCCCAGUUUCGAAUUUGCUGAAACGGGAAGAACUCCUCCAGCAAGCAGAUCAACUCCACCCGAGAGCUCGAUGGCCACCACGGCUAGACAAAGGAAUAACACGAAAUGCAGUGAGAAGAAACCACAUGUAAGGAGAAUGUUGGACUGGAAAUCUGGCACUAGUAUUCCUAGUAUUGCACCCGUUGAUGAAGAGAGUGGGCAUGGCGAGAAAACAAAGGAACCAAGUCGAACCUAUCACAAGGGCUCUCGAUGUGCAGCUGCUCCCGCAACAGGACAUGUCUUGUCCGAGAGUCAGAAGAGUAACUGCAAGGGCUUCGAAGAUUUGUCCUUGAUCCGUAAUCAGCUUGUUCAGAUUGAACAGCAGCAAUCCAGUUUAAUGGAUGUCCUGCAGAGCAGUUCACAAAAUGGCAUGCGUGCUCUGGAGACACGCGUUCACAGCCUUGAACUUGCAUUGGACGAGAUCUCCUCUGACUUGGCGGAAUCGAAUGGGAGGAUGACUAAUUAUUCAGAGAGAAUCAACUGUUGCCUGUUUCAUGCUGCAGGAUUUAUUAAGCCCAAAUUCUGGAGGAAACUCGAUUCCCGGAAUCCGGCAUCAAGGUUGUCCAUUUACGCUGAUCCUCCAUCUGUUUACCAUAAUGGAAACGCAGAAACAGUUGGGCCUAACAAUGCCGAUGGAUUUAUUGUCAACCCAUUAGCUGAGAUUCUGUCAGAUUCUUUCGCGACAACAGGACCUGCAGAGCUCUAUUUCGCAUUUGCACAGGUCUGCAACGCAACUGAGGGAGGAAGAAGCCUUCAGGUCCCAUCGUUGUUCUCGAGCAGCGAAAUUCCCAAUUGAAGUUCAGAUUUUUGAUAAUUCUUUCCAUUGGAAUAUGGCAAGAACAAAGAUCAAAAGGGUCGAGAGCUGAGCUUGGCAAACAUACUUGUAUAUAUAUGUGUCCCACUGAAUCUUUGAAUCUUGUGAAAUUGUAAUCUCACCGUGAAGCCUGUUCUUCCUUAACAUUGAACAAAAAAGUUUGGAUUUAAUCCUCUGUAAUGUUCACCUCA